CACGUCCCCUUCUUUCACAAGCCAAAAAUGUCCCAGUCAGACGGUGUUCCUCAGACGAACGGCGCAGCCACACACGGCAAGCCUGAUUACUUGAACACUCUCCCCGGUGCCGACCAUGAGUGGAAGAUUACCCUUGAGGGAAAGGUUAUUGCUAUCACCGGCGCCAACCAAGGUAUCGGCCUUGGCAUUGCCCAAGUCUGCCUCGCCAACGGUGCCGCCACCGUCUACAGUCUCGACAUCAGCAAGCCCGGCGAGGACUUCGCCAGUCUGGAGAAGAAAUACCCAGGGCGGUUUGAAUACCUGACCGUGGAUGUGACCGAUGAGACAAGCGUGGCAGCCGCUCUCGACGCCAUUGUUGCCUCCAAAGGUCGAUUCGACGGCAUGGUCGCCAACGCCGGGGCUACCAAGCACCAGCCGGCUCUGGAGUUCACCGGCGAGCAGGUAGAGAAGUUGUUCCGGCUAAACUUUAUUGGGGCGUGGAACUGCGCAACGGCCGCGGCCAGAAUGUUCAUUAAGCUCGGGUGCAAGGGCAGCAUCGUCUUCACCGCCAGCAUGACCAGCUACCGGCCCAACCGGGCUGCGCCGUCCGCACCAUACGGAGCUACUAAGGGCGCCGUCCGGAACAUGACCCACACCCUAGCCAUGGAGUGGGCUCAGUACGGCAUCCGGGUGAACAGCAUCUCGCCCGGCUUUGUGAAGACGGCCCUCACGUAUUACGUCGAGACCGCCCCCGACUGGGACACCAAGAUGAAGUACUAUGGCGGCAUGCCCCGGUUGGCGUUGCCACAGGAGUUGGGUGGCGCUUACGUCUAUCUCCUCUCUGAGACGGCGACGUACACGACUGGUAUUGAUAUUCCUAUAGCGGGUAUUGUUGGUGCUUGGUAGUUGUAGGGAGUUGUCUAGGUGGUCUAAUUAGUUUAAUUCGCGCUCAAAUGGGUAUUAUCGUUAUUUAUAUCACCACACAGACGGCGCAGGUCAUCGCAUUACAGCAAUUUUAGCUUGGAUUUAUCUAGCACUGCAACUAGCAGGAAAUGUCUUCCGAAGAAU